CAAGCAGGCACGUACACAUUGUUCAAUUUGUCACUUAUUAUUAUUUAUUUUCUACACACUUGGUCACACCGCGGAUACACUGAGGCUUGCCUUUGCGGAAAUACCGCGAAUAUUUAUUUGUGUAUAGCAAUUUAACAUAUUAAAUGCGUUCAUGCCAAUAACUUACAAAUAAUGACUAGUAUACGUAAGAAGAAGAACAUGAAAUGUGAUCCUAAGGCGACCGAGCAGAUGCGCAACUGGUUAACAAAGAAAAAAAACACAAAUAGUGUUCCUCCAGUUCCAUUCAAUGUAUUUAGCAAAGUAGUGGAAAACUUGCCGGACAUAGCAUUUCAGAUACAGUGCAACGAACCCGGCUUCGCGAGCAAAUCACUGGAUGAGUGCGCGCUCUGGUAUUACAAUGCAUUCUACAGUGAGCCCACAGUACGAACGAAAUACGAAUACAAGCUGAGAUCUUGUCCACUGCGCGUCAAGCAGAAGUUACUGCAAAUCAGCUCGGCUAGUUCGCCAGAGACGACUGAAGAAUCGAGUGAUAAUGCUCGAGCUCCAACCGAAGAUGGCUACGAGGUCACAGUAAACAAAUGUGGUCGCUUCCUGUUUCCCGUUUCGUUAGCCACGUUUAAGCGUUACAUCGAUAAGGACGAAGUUCUCAACAUGAUUGUACGCAAGGAGACCAAGGAUAAGGCGAAGAGAGCAGAAAUCUUACAAAAUAAGGCUGUGUGCCAAAAGCUUUUGCGCAAGUACUAUAACUCGUUCUACAUCAAUCCGAGCCGGCGCCACAUGGAAAAAUGUAAAUUUGAAUUGGCGCCAGUAGCACUAAGGCAGCAGCUAUUUAAAAUGGGCGUCCCAUUGGAUAAGCUAGCUGUGAACACCAUGCAGAGGAAGUCAAACAAGUCGCGCCAUCAUGAAGCCCAAGUAUCACCUGAAAGUCCACGGGGCAAACAUUUAGUUGAAAAGACUUCCGAGCUUUCGUCAAUUGUCAGCUUCAGCGAAUUCGAAAAAUUCAUUAUCAAUAUAUUUGAUAUUGUGUGGAUGCUAAAGUUGAAUGAUCCGGAAUAUUCUUACAAAGGAUUCGAAGACUCUGCUUUUGAAUAUUACCUUGCCUUCUAUCUAAAGCCCGAAAUCCGCGAGAAAUAUUCAUAUCUAAUAGCGCCCUGUACAACAGCAAUCAGAGAUCGCAUACUUGCCUUGCCCAACCAAGAGGAUAGAAAGACUUUGCUCCAAAUGAAGGAUCGGGGACAACGCGUGGCUUCAUACCAAUAUGAUAUUACUCAGCCAACUUUACAAGCUGAAUUAGUCGAUGUAGUGGCAGAGGAAGAUAAAGAACUUCAAUCUCCCGCUAAAACUGAAGAGGAGAAUUUACUGGAGGUGGUGUCGCCUGGAGAGGAGAAACUGCCAGGGAAUUUGCCACCUAGUAAAGCUUCACCGGUAAAACUGUCUGAAUGUUUACCACCUAUUGGGUUUAAGUUAUUCAAACGCUACAUCAGAAACCUGGACGACAUUGUCCAACAGAUGCUGACUUGCGAAGAGUUCAAAGACAGAACUGAAGAUGAAUGUGCUCUGGAAUACUACAAUAGAUUCUAUAGAGAUCCACAAAUACGUGAACGGUUCGAAUACCAAGUGAGACCCUGUCCGGGUAGAAUACGUGACAAAUUACUAUCUCUGCCUGAUGAAGAUGAACUAUUGGUCGACGUCGUCUCAAGAGACGAUGAGAGUAAUAUUUCAAGUACUGCUGAAUGUAAAAUAAUAACAAUUGAGGGCAAAAGUUAUGAGUUCUUGAUUAGUUUCGAAACAUUCGUGAAGUAUAUAAAUUAUGAGGAACUUCUUGAACAACUGGCCAAUGCGUACGGUAUGCGAGUGGGAACAGCUAACGAAUAUCCAUCCGAUGAGCAGUUAAUGAAGCGCUUUUACUAUUUGUUUUAUACCGAGCAGAGAAUACGAAUGCAAUUCAAAUGUCAUUUCAAUGCAGCUCCACUUGAGCUAAGGGAUUCAUUAAUGCAGCUGGCUAAACCUGUAGGCGAAACAACGGCAUUGGCUGAGCGAUGUCAAGUUGUGGCAGCUGAAGAGGAAGCAGUGCCCAGCAUAAACACAAGCAUUAGUAUUGUAGAAAGGUGUGAAAUUGGUACCUCCGACUGCGAACUUGAUGUUGUGGAGAAUCUGGGCAGCGCUGGUGUCUUUAAGUUUCCUGUUUCAUUUGACACAUUUAUGCGCUGUAUCAACCACGAAGAACUCCUCAGGCCAUUGCUACUGCGCGUCACACAGGACGAGGCCCAGUUGGCAGUUAUGACGACAAGUUCUCAGCAUCCUCAGUGCCAGAAGAUACUGAAAAGAUAUUAUCGUUCGUUCUAUGUGCGUCCAAGCACUCGCAGCUUAUACGAAUAUCGGUUUGCGAAUGUAAGUGCUGAGCUAUUGGAGAAGCUAUUAGAAUAUGCUGUGCCGCUGGAUGAGAAAGCCAUGAAGCAGAUGGACGACGCAGCAAACGAACUUGCCUUGGCCAACAAGAAGCUAGAGCAGGAGAAGCUCGAUGAAUUGAUGCAAAGGCUACCUGUUACAUUCAAAAUUUUUGAGCGAAACAUUAUGAACCUAGAGGAGAUUGUACAAAGCAUGAAGGGUUGCGAGGAGUAUAAAGACAAAUCGGAAGAUGAGUGUGCCCUGGAAUACUACAUUGCUUUCUAUACGAAACCACAAAUACGGGAAAAGUUUGCAUAUGAAUUUAAACCAUGUCCGGGUAAACUUCGUGAGAAGCUGCUUCAGCUGCCCGCUGGUAGCUCAGCAACUGAGUUGCUACAGUCCGGUGUAAUAGAAAGCGAACAAAACGAGCUCGCUUUACGGCACUCCGAGGUGAAAGAGUCUCAGCCAAAGGAGCAAUCCGAAACAAUGCCUGAAACACUCGAUAUUGACUGCAAUGCGAAUCAAAGGAACAUUAAUAACGCUUUGGUGCAAAGCGAACGAAUUCUAAUAACUUUACGAGGCAACACCUAUGAAUUUCCUGUAUCGGUUCAAACCUUUAAGCGUUACAUUAACUAUGAUACUGUACGGAUUGAGCUGGCGAAUUCCUAUUCGAAAAAUAAGCAAAAGGUUGAAAAAAUACUAAACGAUGAGCGUUAUGAUCUAAUAUUGUUGCGGCGCUUCUAUCACUCAUUCUACAUCGAUCCGCGUGCUCGCCAAUUGUGUAACUAUAAUUUCAAUGCCGCACCAGCCGAACUGCAACAGAAAUUGAAUCAAUUCGCCGUGCAGUGCAGCCCUGAGCCUUCACAGCAAACACCCGCAACAUCGUCAGAUACGGUUUCAGCGUGUGCUGAAGAUCAUACAAGGAACUCAAGUGAUGUCCAUACCAGUGACUCAAGUGGUGCAACCAGUGUUAGUCCGGUUGCAGAGUCAAAUGUAGAGCAGCAGGCGUUGGUCGAGGCGCAACCGAACACUGACAUUAAGUACCCCGUCUCGUUUAAUAUAUUCUCCAACAUUUUAAACUUGGAUGAGAUUGCCCGGCAAAUGCAAGAGGAACCGCAGUAUGCAAAAGCUACAGUCCAUGAUUGCAUGCUCGCCUACUACGAUGCUUUCUAUCGCACUCCGGAGGUUCGCGAUAAGUACAAAUGCAACUUCAAGUCUUGUCCGGCUCUUCUAAAAGCCAAAUUGCUCCAACUACCAGCAAACCCACCAACGUCCGAAUGCAGUCAGCCAACGGAGCGUAGUGAAAGCAUUGAGGACUCAGCUGCUUUGUAUGCAGCUAGGAAAACAGAGCUUGAAAACAUGGCUAGGUCAAAUGUUGUUAGGUACACGCCAUACAACUUGAGGUCUUAUAUAGAGCUUCGAACGCAGUGUACGAAGAAGCGCGAACUGUUGGUAAAACAUUUUGUUGACAAGCAACACUCUGAGCUGAAACAACACUUGGAAACUGCACGGGAAAGCUUGGUGGGCGCGUCUGUACCUGAAAGAGUUCUGGCUGAGGAGAAAGGCUCUGCAGCAGAAGCGACUGCACGUGCCAAAGAGAUUGCGGAAUCUGGUUCAAAAAAACAUAUAAGCACAGCAAGAUUAUCCAUAUCUAGAACAGUCACAACAACAACGACUACUACAACAAUUGAAGAAGCAGCAGAAACUAUAACAAAUCCAGCUUCAAAGAUGGGCGGCCUGGCAAGUAAAGAGGCAAUAAGCGCAGCUCAAGCUUCAAGCAAAAUAUCAGUAACAACUGCAAGUACCGAGACAAGCAAAACUAAUAGUGUGGAAGUGGAAGUGGCCAAAACAGCUACUAGUGAACCAGAGAAUAAUACUAGUAGCGCGUCAACAUCCAACAUAAUAACAUCUGGAACUGCACUGAAAAAAACUGCAGCGCCAACUGCGCUGAACAGAGCUCAAGAAGUUGCAACGGCGACUAACGCAGUCAAUGAAAUGGUAGAAGUUCGGCAUCUGAAUGAAAUAUUUAAAGGAUGCAAUCCUACACAAUCUGCCUUGGUCAGAGUGCCUUCCAGUGCAUUGACUGCAGUGGAGGAAUUCUUUGCUCAAACCGACGAGGUGCACAACAUUAGAUACCUGCUCUGCACAAGUCGUGGCCUUAAGAACACAAUUUGGCGCGUGCUCUCGCAUUUGAGCCUCUCGGAGUUUAAGAUGUAUACAAAUAUAUAUGGAGGCACAGCGUUGUAUGAGGAUGAGAACAUUUUGCAUUUGUGCUAUUACUUCGUACUGAACAGGGGCAACUGGCCGGUUAACUUUUAUGUGAAACUGCAACUGCUGCCUCAGCUGCUGCGGAAGAAAGGCGUUCAACUGAACGCACUUGAUUUGAGCCAACUGUCACCCAAGAUGCUGCAUAGCUCAGAUCUUUUCCGUUUCACAAAUUUUGACGAAAUUGUGGAACGCAUUUACCAUGCACGCACUGGCCAGGCAAUCGAAAACUUUCAAGAUCUGUUCGAUGAGGCUAACAAGUUCUAUGCCAUGUGCUGGUCGCGGGAUCAGUGGCUGUAUGAAGUGCCACACAUAACAGAGGAGCUGGCCCAUUCAAUCAAUUUUACAGAUCAUGUACCAAUAGAUGAAAUAAGUCCACCUUCCACAUUACCGCUCUGCAUGAAUGAGAGCCAAGCUACCGUCGAGUCCAUAUCAUCCCAAAGCUCACAGGAACAGGAAGAACAGAGCAAUGCAACAAGUCCCACUGCGCCUGCUUCAACGACAGAAGGGACUACAGCCAUGCCAGACUUGGAUGCUAACGACAUAUUGCAGGCAUCUGAAUGUCCACCCACACAACUUAAUGUGUCUCUACGGCCACCUUGUUUUGUGGACAUGGAAAGUGUGUAUCCCGCCUCGCAAGCAGCGGAGACCCAAAAGGAUCCACUCAAUCAGAGUGGUCUAUCAGUUCCCGUCAAGGAGGAGCCUAUCCAGUUUCUCAACAUGAUGCGUUUCUCUAUUAAUAGCAACAAUUCCAGCGAAAACUUCGAUUGCGAACUUAUACCCUCUGAGGAACAAGUCAUUAAUCUGGACACUGAGGAGGAGAAACAAGCAACCGAAGACUUAGCUUGUUUUGACAUAAUGGAUUCAAUCAUUGACAACGCGCCGCCUUCUGCCUGUCCAGCCAGCUCAGCUCCUACAGAGGAAGACAUAUAUAAAAAUAUACUGGCAGGCGUGCAUCGGCUAGACGAUGAGGUGGAGACGCCCCCCAACAAUAUGUGGGUGCCUGCGGAGAAUCAAUUACCAUCUGCGCAGACUGAAGAAACAAUUGAUACGAAUGUCAAGCCCGCUCUAGCUGUGCCAGACAAACCCGUUGCGAACAAGAAACAAAUGCCAGCAACCAAAAGCCAGGCUCGAAAAAGGCCACGUCUAAUGGCUGACAAUGUGCCACAGCUGAGGCACGAAUUUCGACCCUUGCCGCUUGCAGCUGUGGUUCGCAUUGAGCCAUAUGCCGUACAAAUGAUGCAGAAUGUGCAAAAUCAAGAAGAGGCUGCGACCUCCAACCAAGAGGAGCAGUUGCAGAAUCAUCCCGAAUCGCGAAAUGCCGUUACUGCGUCUCAAGCGCUCGCCACCGACAACACGUUGAUGGAGUCGUCGGAGUUGCAACAUUUGCUGGAUGCACAAUUCGUUAAUCAGCGCAAGAGGCGGUGAUAUUAUUUGUGAAGAGCAAAGUCUGCGUUCGGUUGCCAUUUCAAGCGUAUACAACAGUCCUUAGCAGAAAGUAUGUUUAUCUCAAAUUUAUUUGGCCGAUUUUGGCAAUUAUAAAAUUAAUAUAUACAAAACAAAAUGUUUGUAUAAAUUGGUAAACAUGUUAAAUUUGUUGAAAGGUGUUGCACGUGUGAAGCAUUAAACAGAGCAAUC